ACCACAAAAAUGGGAUCAAUUUCCAAGUACCUUCUUGUUGCUCUCGCCUUCGCCUUGGUUCUUCGGCUAGGCGAUGGCCUUGAUUUCCACGAAUGGGAAUUGGAGACGGAGGACAGGUUGUGGGAUUUGUACGAGAGGUGGAGGAACCACCACACGGUGUCCCGGAGCCUCCACGAGAAGCAACGGCGGUUCAAUGUGUUCAAGGAGAAUGUGCGGUAUAUUCACAGCUCCAACAAGGAGGACAAGCCGUACAAGUUGAAGCUGAACAAGUUUGCAGACAUGACUAACCACGAGUUCAAGCAAACUUAUGCCGGCUCGAAGAUUAAACAUCACAGGUUGCUGCGGGGAAGCCAUGGGAAUGGGAGUUUCAUGUACGAGAAGGUCGAAUAUGUGCCCCCUUCUAUUGAUUGGAGGAAGAAAGGCGCUGUUACUGGCGUUAAAGAUCAAGGGCGAUGUGGAAGCUGUUGGGCGUUUUCAACUGUUGUCGCUGUAGAGGGAAUAAACCAGAUCAAAACAAAUAAAUUGGUGUCUUUGUCGGAGCAAGAACUGGUUGACUGCGAUACCGAAGAAAAUGAAGGCUGUGAUGGGGGGCUCAUGGAUUUGGCUUUCGAGUUCAUCAAAGAGAAGGGAGGCAUAACAACUGAGGAAAACUACCCUUACACAGCUAGAGAUGGAAAAUGUGAUGUUUACAAGGAAAGGAAUCCAGUAGUCUCAAUUGACGGGCAUGAGGAUGUGCCUCCUAACAAUGAGAAAGCCCUUCUAAAAGCAGUCGCGAACCAGCCUGUAUCCGUUGCCAUAGAUGCUGGAGGAACUAAUUUCCAAUUCUACUCCGAGGGGGUUUUUAGUGGAAACUGUGGAAGAGAGCUGGACCAUGGAGUGGCAAUAGUGGGGUAUGGAACAACUCAGGACGGCACCAUGUACUGGACGGUGAAGAAUUCAUGGGGAGAAGAGUGGGGAGAGAAGGGCUACAUUCGGAUGCAGCGAGGGGUUUCAGCCAGAGAGGGGCUCUGUGGGAUAGCAAUGGAGGCUUCCUAUCCCAUCAAGUUGUCGUCCCACAACCCUACUCCAUCUUCCUCUAAGGAUGAGCUCUGAAAUCUCUUAUCGAUCCAUAUAUAGCUUAAUUAAUAAGUUUCAUAUGCAUAGGCUGGUUAAUAAUUUGUUCGUGGAGAUUAAUGAUUAAUUAGUUGCAGUGCAUGCAUUCUGCAUAUCAUCCAUUCAUUGUCUCGUGAAAACAUGAAAUUUGUCAAUUAUAAUCACGUGUUUAUGUAUGUUGAGCUGAGCUGUGGUUAGCGCUCAGGAUGAGAUGAAUAAAUCUUUCUGCCUUCGCU